UUAUGUCACCUGUAAUAUUAUUCUAUUCAAUUACACAGCCGCUCCCAUAACAAAAUGUCACUUCGGCGACGAAAAAUGCCUAAUCGAACAGGCACACAAAUUGCUGAAGAAAGCUGCUACAGGUAUACCGGAGAAGGAUAUACCCAGUCUAGAGCCGCUGAAGGUGGAAAAAAUCGAAAUGUUGGGCGAUAAGAAUAGUGCAUUAAAAGUCGACUUAGUGAUGAGCGAUGUAGAAUUCUACAACUACACGAAAGCAAAACUAUUAUCGAUCAAGGGCUUCUCGAAGGACCUUAGCAAGCCAAUGAAACUCGUCUCACAAAAUAUUAAUCCACGCAUGACCAUAAAAGCCAAAUACAAAGUCAAUGGCAAUAUAUUGGUGUUGCCUAUUAAGGGCGAGGGUCUAUUAACCAUGGUGCUGGAUAAUGUGAAGUCACGCAUUGUGACCACAAUGAAGCCGGAGCAGCGUAAUGGCAAAACUUAUUUAAUAGUUGAUAAUAUCAAACUCGAAUCUAAACUAGACAAUGUCAUCACCGAUAUGACAAACCUCUUCAAUGGCGACAAAACGCUCUCGGACGCAAUUUUAAAAGUUAUGAAUGAAAAUUGGCGCGUACUCAGCGAUGAGCUUACGCCGCGUAUCAAUGAAGCUUUGGCGCACAAAUUUGAAGAGCUGUUACCGAAAUUAUUUAAGGAUAUACCCUACGAAGACUACUUUUUGCCGGAAUAAAUUGGUGCUAGAUGAAAAAAAA